UCAUGGCGCAGGCCUUGUCCGACGAGGAGUUUCAGCGCAUGCAGGAACAGCUCCUGGAGCUCCGGACACAGAACUACCAUCUCUCUGAUGAACUGCGCAAGAACGGUGUCGAGCUUACAGGUCUCCGACAGAGGGUCUUGUUUCUGGAUAAGGAAUUCUCCAAAGCACAAAAGGCCCUGAGUAAAAGCAAGAAGGCUCAGGAGGUGGACGCGUUGCUGAGCGAGAAUGAGAUGCUUCAGGGAAAGCUGCACAGCCAGGAGGAUGACUUCAGGCUGCAGAACAGCACUCUCAUGCAGGAACUCAGCAAGCUGUGCUCUCAGAUCGAACAGCUGGAGCAGGAGAACCGGCAGCUCAAAGAAGCGCCAUCGGGGCCUCUUCCCCUCACGCCCGGGAGCCCUGUGGACGGGGAGCUGCUCCGGCUACAAGCGGAGAACACCGCCUUGCAGAAGAACGUCGCAGCCCUGCAGGAACGCUACGAGAAAGAGCUAGUGGCUCAGCAGCAGGGGGACGGUGGGACCGGUGGGCAGGGAGACCCCCCUGGAACUGUGCUGCCACCGGUCUCGCCUGCCUCCUUGGGCCCACCCUUGCUGGCGGAGGUGGAGCUGAAAUGGGAGAUGGAGAAGGAAGAGAAACGGCUGCUAAAGGAGCAGUUGCAGGGACUCGAGACCUCCAAGCAGGCGGAGACGUCACGUCUGCACGAAGAGCUGACCAAGGUUUCUGAGAAGCUGAAGAAGAAACAGGAGAGCUUCCUGAGGUUGCAGACAGAAAAGGAGGCACUGUACAAUGAUAGCAGGACCAAGAUCGAAGGACUGCAGCAGCAGAAGGACGAAGAGCUCAAGGCCCUGCAGCUGAGGAACCAGAAGCUGCAGCAGGAUCUGCAGGUGGCCAGCCAGAGCUUGGUGGAGCUAAGGGAGCAGCAGCAGAGCCAAAGGAAGGAGCAUGAAGUCGCCCUGCAGGCCCUGCAGGACCAGGUGGCUUGCCAGAGCGCUGAAAGCCAGGAGCAGGUGGAGAGCCUCCUGUCAGAGAAUGAUGCCCUGCGCACCAGCCUGGCAGCCCUAGAGCAGAUCCAGACGGCGAAGACCCAGGAGCUGAGUCUGCUGCGGGAGCAGAGCGCGGGGCUGGUGGCGGAGCUGCAGCAGCGACAGUCGGAGCGAGAGGCCCUGAUGGGGCAGCGGGAUGACCUGAACAGCCAGCUCCAGGAAUCCGUCCGAGCCAACAGUCGCUUGCUGGAGCAGCUGCAGGAACUGGGGCAGGAGAAGGAGCAACUGCUGCAGGAUUUAGAGGAAGCUCGCAAGAGCGCGGAGAAGCGGAAGGUGAUGCUGGACGAACUGGCCAUGGAGACGCUGCAGGAGAAGACACAGCACAAGGAGGAAGUGGGGGCCGUGCGGCUGCGGCACGAGAAAGACGUGCUGGCCAUCCGGGCCCGCUACGAGCGGGAGCUGCGAGAGCUGCACGAAGACAAGAAGCGUCAAGAGGAGGAGCUGCGGGGGCAGAUCCGGGAGGAGAAGGCCCGGAGCCGAGAGCUGGAGAGCCUGCAGCAGACGGUGGAGGAACUGAGAGCCCAGGUCCACUCCAUGGAUGGGGCCAAGGGCUGGUUCGAGCGGAGGCUGAAGGAAGCCGAGGAAUCGAUCGAACAGCAUCAGCGGGAGCACCAGGAGGCCCUGAAGCAGUGCCAGGAGCAGCACGCUGCUCAGCUCCAGGGCCAGCAGGAAGUGGCGGCAGGCCUACAGGACCAGCUGCGAGAGGCCGAGGCUGCUCGGGACGAGCACCUGGACACCAUCAACCGCCUGCGCCAGGAGGUAAAGGACACAGUGGACGGGCAGCGGAUUCUGGAGAAGAAGGGCAGCGCCGCGCUGAAGGAUCUGAAGCGCCAGCUGCACCUGGAGCGGAAGCGGGGAGACAAGCUGCAGGAGCGGCUGCAGGAGAUCCUUACCAACAGCAAGAGCCGCUCCGGCAUCGAGGACCUGGUGCUGGCGGAAAUCAACUCCCCCAGCCGGGCCCAGACUGGAGACAGCAGCAGCAUCUCCUCCUUCAGCUACCGAGAAAUCAUGAAAGAAAGUUCGACCCCCAGCACCGCCAAGACCACCACGGGCAGCCCCCAGGCGCAGCCCCCUCGGCCGGCCGAGCUGUCAGAUGACGAGAUUGCUGAGUUAUUCCAGCGCUUGGCGGAGACCCAGCAGGAGAAAUGGAUGCUGGAAGAGAAGGUGAAGCACCUGGAGGUGAGCAGCGCCUCAAUGGCGGAGGAUUUAUGUCGCAAAAGCGCCAUCAUCGAGACCUACGUCAUGGACAGUCGCAUCGAUGUCUCCGUGGCAGCUGGGCACACAGACCGCAGUGGACUGGGCAGCGUCCUCCGGGACCUGGUGAAGCCAGGGGAUGAGAACCUGCGGGAGAUGAACAAAAAGCUGCAGAACAUGCUGGAGGAGCAGCUCACCAAGAAUAUGCACUUGCACAAGGACAUGGAGGUUCUGUCCCAGGAGAUCGUCCGACUCAGCAAAGAGUGCGUGGGCUCCCCCAGUCCCGAGCCGGCCCCGGGGGACACCAGCUGAACCCCUCCCGUCAGGGGCCCCCCACACCCUGGAGCCCCUUUCCAAAUCGGCCGUGCCCCUUAGUCGGAGGGGAGCCCUUGGGGGAAGGAGAAACGGAGGGCUAGGUUGGGUGGGGGGUGAUUAAAGGGGUUCAGGACCUAAUCCAGUCCGUUGCUGCUGAUUCUCCGUACCCUCGCUUGUCCUCAAGCCCCACUCUCCCCACCCUGCCAACAUGUGGUCCCAUUUUUUUGGGGGGGCCUGCCCUUUUCCAAAGAGCUGGGGUUCUCUCCUCUCGGUCGACAAGGUACGAGGGGGCCAGAAAAGGGUCCUCUUGUGAGUGGAGUGGGGGCUGUGUGGUUACAGGGGUGACAACCCCAGGCUGUCUCCCCCGAGCCUGGAGAGGGGUGAGGAGGGCCCCUGGGGCACCUCUUCCAUCUUCCCUUCGGAGCCGGCUGCAGGCCUGGCCCCCUCCCUGCAUGGACACCCUCUCCCCCCCCAGUUCUCAAAGAUCAACUCUGUCUGUGUGGAGGCCAGGCGUGGCGGGGCCCCGGGAGGCCCGGGGAUCGGGAAUGGCACUGGGCCGCUCUGCACUUUGGCAGAAGUGGGGCUCUUAUUUAAUGUUCCCGUGACGUGUGUAAUGAUGCUACUGAAACAAUGUCUACCCGCAGCGCC